AUGGCGGCGGCCCGCGGAGCUCACGGCGGAGCCCCGAGAGCCCCGGCCCCCAGAGCCCGGCCCCGAGCCCCGGCCCCGAGAGCCCCGAGAGCCCCGGCCCCGAGAGCCCCGGCCCCGGCCUCCAGAGCCCCGGCCCCGAGAGCCCCGGCCCCGCGCUGGUUCUUCUCCCGGGAGCAGCUGCUUCAGACCCCGUCGCGCCGCUGCGGAGUCGAUCCAGACCGAGAACUUUCCUACAGACAACAGGCCGCAAACCUGAUCCAGGACAUGGGCCAAAGACUCAACGUGUCUCAGCUCACCAUAAACACGGCCAUCGUCUACAUGCAUCGAUUCUACAUGCACCACUCCUUCACCAAGUUCCACCGAAACACGAUGGCGCCGACCGUCCUGUUUCUGGCGGCGAAAGUCGAGGAGCAGCCGAGGAAACUGGAGCACGUGAUCAAAGUGGUCCACGCCUGCCUGAACCCCACCGAGCCGCCGCUGGACGCCAAGAGCAACGCGUACCUGCAGCAGGCUCAGGAGCUGGUUCUUCUUGAGUCCAUCGUUUUACAAACUCUCGGGUUUGAGAUCACGAUAGAUCAUCCUCACACUGAUGUGGUCAAGUGCACCCAGCUGGUCAGAGCGAGUAAGGACCUGGCGCAGACGUCGUAUUUCAUGGCGACCAACAGUCUUCACCUGACGACGUUCUGCCUCCAGCACCGACCGACCGUCAUCGCGUGUGUCUGUAUCCAUCUGGCCUGUAAAUGGUCCAACUGGGAGAUUCCAGUGUCCACGGACGGAAAACACUGGUGGGAAUAUGUGGACACGAGCGUGACGCUGCAGCUGCUGGACGAGCUCACUCACGAGUUUCUUCAGAUUCUGGAGAAAACGCCGAGUCGCCUCAAGAGGAUCCGAAACUGGAGGGCGACUCAAGCGGCGAAAAAGCCUCGCACCGACCUCGCUCCCCCGGACGCCGCCGCCGCCGCUGCCGCCGCCGCCGCCGCUCUCCCCGGCCCGUCUCUGCUGCAGCACCAGCCUCUGCUCCACCGGGAACCCGCCGCCAACACACUACCUCCUGACACGCUCGCCCCUGCUGCAUCCGCUGUGCCCACCGCCGCGACCGCCCCCACUGCCUCCUCCGCGCCUGCCGCCGUGCCUGCCGAUGUGCCCGCCGCCGCGCCCGCCGCCGCGCCCUCUACCUCCACCUCCGACUGGCCCCCGCUCAGACCCGACCCGAACUCAAACCCGGACUUUUCUGUGACUAUGCAACAGUCGGGUCGGACGCAGGCGCCCAGGCCGUCUCUCGACCGCCACAGAGAGAGACUAAAGACGGGCACGCCGCCGCAGGGGGCGGAGCCUGGCGGGCACGGGGUCCAAGGGAAGGAGAGGAGCGGAAGAGAGAGAAGAGAAAAGGACGGAGAGACAAAGAGAGAGAAAAAACACGCGGACAAGCGGCGGCGGGCGAGCGGGCAAAGGGAGGAGCUAAAGCUGAACUUUAGGCCGGAGGGCGGAGCCUCGUCCGACGACGGCGCCAAAGGUUUGAACCACAGGGGGGCGCCGCCGAGUCCUCUGGGGGACGGCGGCAGCGGGCACGAGACCGGAGACGGACGGAAGAGGAGCCGCCCGGAGACAAACCCCAACCACCAACCUGGCAACCCGCCCCAGAACCCGCCCCAGAACCCGCCCAGCACCGGGUACAAGAACGCCAAGGUUUACAGGAGCGCCCACAGCCCAGCAGGUCUGAGGGCGGCGCAUCUGUUCUCCUCCGGCGAGUCUCCGAGGGACGUGGGCGAACACCGGCACUGACGCCCACCCACCCCCACCCCCCCCACCCCCUCGCCGCACAGAGACUCGGGCCCCGCGUUCGUCUUCCGUUGAUCAUAAUUAUGCAAAUGUUUAGUUUCUUUGCUUUUGUUGUUUUGGCGGCGAGGGGGCGGAGCCUGUUUGGAGGUCGCAUUUGGCGUCUUCACAUUUUGAGUUUGGACGAGGGGCAGUGUGACACGUCCCCGCCGGGGCGGGAAUCACACAUCAAUAAAGACAUGUCCCAAAACCUGGAACUCAGCCUGGAUUUAUCUGAGACUAAACCAGGACUAAACCAGGACUAAACCAGGACUAAACCAGGACUAAACCAGGACUAAACCA